AUGACUACAGACGAACUUCAUAACUUAGCUCUCAAAAGCAUCAGAGUUUUGAUUGCAGAUUUGGUUCAACAAUUCAAUGGGGGACAUCCAGGUGGUGCUAUGGAUAUGGCUGCUAUUGGUAUUGCACUCUGGAAAUAUGUCUUGCAGUUUUCCCCAAACAAUCCAGAUUAUUUCAACCGUGACAGGUUUGUAUUGUCAAAUGGACACACUUGUCUUUUCCAAUACGUUUUCCAACAUUUGGUUGGGUAUAAACAUAUGAGUAUGGAGCAGUUGCAAAGUUAUCAUUCCAAUAUUACAGAUAGUUUAUGCCCAGGACACCCUGAAAUUGAAAUCCCAGGUAUAGAAGUCACCACAGGUGCACUCGGUCAAGGUAUUGCUAAUGCGGUUGGUUUAGCAAUUGCAUCUAAAAAUUUACAAGCUACGUACAACAAACCAGAUUUCCCAGUUGUUUCAAAUUACACAUUUUGUAUGGUUGGCGAUGCAUGUCUACAAGAAGGUAUAUCUUUGGAAGCUAUCUCGUUGGCUGGGCAUCUUGGUUUGGACAAUUUAACAGUGAUCUAUGAUAAUAAUCAAAUUACUUGUGAUGGUUCGGUUGAUCUCACCAAUACAGAGGACAUCAAUGCAAAAUUUAAAGCAACUGGUUGGGAUGUGAUUGAAAUUUGGAAUGGCUCUGAAGAUAUCAAUGCUAUAGUUAAAGCUUUAGUUCGGUCUAAAACCUCAAAAGGUAAACCAACUUUACUCAAUGUUCAUACAAGCAUUGGUACUGGAAGUAACCUUGAGAAUAACUGUCGUGCUCACGGUGCUGCUUUUGGUGAAGAAGAAGUUGAUAGGCUACAUGUUGUUAACGGGUUUGAUCCAGCCAUGAAAUACUACAUUCCCCUUGAAGUUUAUGGAUUAUUUAAAGACUUGCCGGAAAAGGGUGACUCGAUUGAGAAAUCCUGGGACCUAUUGGUUGAAUCUUUUGUUGAACAGUAUCCAGAUUUGGGUAAAGAAUUUUUGAAAAGAGUCAAUGGUGAGCUUUCAUGUGAUACAUGGAAAUCGUUAAUCCCAUCAAGUUUCCCGGUUACUCCCACCCCAUCAAGAAGUUCAAGUGGAUUGGUUUUCAAUCCUAUUGCGAAGAAUGUGAAUAAUUUUUUAGUGGGAUGUGCUGACUUAUCUCCCUCCGUCAAUUUAAUUUGGGAUAAGAAAGUUGACUUUCAAAACCCAAAUAUUGAAACUCAAUGUGGAAUCAAUGGUGAUUAUUCUGGUAGGUAUUUACAUUAUGGUAUUAGAGAACAUUCAAUGGCAGCUGUUGCUAAUGGUAUUGCGGCUUUCAACCCUGGUACUUUUAUUCCUGUUACUUCAACAUUUUUUAUGUUUUAUCUUUAUGCGGCCCCAGCAGUUAGAUAUGGUGCUUUAUCUAAGCUAAAAGUGAUUCAUGUCGCAACCCAUGAUUCUAUUGGAAUGGGUGAAGAUGGUCCAACUCACCAGCCAAUAGCUUUGGCUUCGCUAUAUCGUGCCAUGCCAAAUUUGAAUUAUAUUCGUCCUUGUGAUAGUGAAGAAACUGCUGGUGCAUGGGAAAUUGCUAUCGAGUCAAAAGAGACACCAACCAUUUUAUCGUUAUCAAGACAAAAACUCACCCAGUAUCCAGGUUAUUCUCGUCGUGAUAUGGUUUCCAAAGGUGGUUAUGUGUUUAUUGAAGCUGAUGACGCCCAAUUAAACAUCAUUGGUGUUGGAGCAGAAAUGUGCUUUGCUGUUGAAAGUGCAAAGAAAUUAGCGUCUAAGGGUAUCAAGGCAAGGGUUCUUUCAUUUCCUUCACAAAGAUUAUUUUCAAGCCAGUCUAUUGAAUAUCAAAGAUCUGUUUUGAGAAAAGGACAUCUCGCAACUGUUGUUAUUGAAGCUUACGCUCCUAAUGGCUGGGAAAGAUAUGCUACUGCUGGAUUCAACAUGCAAGAGUUUGGUAAGUCUUUGCCAGGUGCAGUUGCUUAUGAUUACUUUGGUUUCGAUGCUGAAAACAUUGCACAUAGUAUUGAAAGGUACUUGUCUGCUGUAUCAAAAGAUGAAUCUUUACUUUGGGAAUUCCAAGAUCUCAACCAGAUCAAGGACCACUAG